AUGGGCAAACUCACCUCCACAAUCGGUAUUCCCAUAAAACUGCUCAACGAAGCCCAAGGCCACGUCGUAACCCUCGAGCUAACAACCGGCCAAGUCUACCGCGGCAAGCUCCUCGAAGCCGAAGACAACAUGAAUGUCCAGCUCAAGGACAUCACCGUCACCGCCCGUGAUGGACGCGUCUCUCACCUCGACCAGGUCUACAUCCGUGGCAGCCAUGUGCGGUUCUUCAUCGUACCCGACAUGCUGAGGAAUGCCCCGAUGUUCAGGAGUCGCGGGACGAGAGGCAAGGGGGUGGGGCUGGCGAGAGGAAGGGCGACGGUCAAUCGGGCAAGAGCCGGAAGGAGAGGUUGA